UACAGUAUCUCCAAGCCGAUUGCAAUGCUUAAUAUCAAGUUAAUCAUCCUGGUUGCCCUCGCCAUCACCAUGGUCCAGAGUUGCUCCAUCGAACAGCCGGAGGAGGAGGUCCAGUGUGGGUGUUGCAAGUCCCAAUGCCCCACGUGUGGAUCCUGCGGAUGUGGAUGCCGACCAUGUCGUUGUUGCUCCUCAUGUGGGUGCGGUUGCCAGGACUAA